AUGUUUGGAGGUGGAAGAAUUACCAGGUUGGCUGAGAAGGAGGCUCUUCUGGGUGCAGAAGGUCUUGGAGAAGCUGAAGCUGUGAUUUCCAAGUGCGCAUGUCAGGUUGACUAUAUGGUAGUGGGUGUAUGCAUCAGCUCGAAGAUGCCAAUUAGACAUACCUUGGCUUGCUGCAAAGUUCUUACUGGGGAUUUUGCAGCUGAGUUCUUAAUUCAGAUAACAGACUUUCUCAUGAGGCAGCGAGCUACAAUCAUGGCCCCGCAGACGAAGCUCCUCCAAGCCACCGGUGAUGCAGCCUAUACCGCGAAGGCGCAGUCGCUUAUUGCCAGUCUGGAUGCAGAGAUUCCAGCCUCGCUUCGCCUGCCCGCUUCAAUCCUUGAAAAUCUACCGCUCGACGUGACAGGAAUUCCCAGGUCGUGUGGGCUCUUGACCCCCGCUGAACUGACGAUCACGGAGCUCGACGCCACGGAGGUGUGUGCGCGGAUCGCUAGGGGCGAGCUCACUGCGGUCGAGACGGUCACCGCGUUCGGGAGGCGCGCGGCCAUCGCGCACCAGCUGACGGCGUGUUUGACGAACUACUUCUUGGAUGAGGGCAUCGCGCGCGCCAAGGAGCUAGAUGAGUACUUUCAACGCGAGGGUAAGGUCGUCGGGCCGCUGCAUGGCCUGCCUGUUUCUAUCAAGAACCAUUUUCCUAUCAAAGGUAGGACAGGUUUUGCGGGCUUCCUCUCCACGUUCGAGGUCUCGCCGGACGACUGCGACAUGACCCGUAUCCUGCGCAGUCUUGGUGCCGUGUUCUACGUGAAGACAAACCAGCCUCAGACGCUGAUGCACCUCGAGUCGCACUCGUUCUACGGCCGGACACUCAAUCCUUACAACACGAAUCUGUCCUCAGGUGGCUCCUCUGGUGGUGAGGGGGCACUCAUUGCAUUGAGAGGGUCGUGUAUAGGAGUUGGCAGCGAUGGAGGAGGAUCCAUUCGAAACCCAUCCGCCAACUGUUCGAUCUAUGGAAUUCGUCCAACGACGAAGACUAUGCCCGCGGAUGGGUUCUUGUGGUACCAGGAUGGUCAGAGCUUCGCCUCGUCCACAGGCCCAAUGUGCCGCUCUGCACGUGACAUCCAGACGUUCCUCUACGCGAUCCACUCCGCGAAGCCCUCUCUAAUCAACCCGUUGCUCAUCCCCCUGCCGCUCGUGGUGCCCUCCCUUGAAGGGCAGAAGCUGCGCGUAGGGUUCAUGAUGCAUGACGAUGUCGUUCUGCCUCACCCGCCGAUGCUGCGGGCGCUACAAAUGGCACGCGAGAAACUGCUGGCUGCGCUGGAUGUCGAACUGGUCGAGUACAAGCCGUAUGACCACGAUCGGGGAUACAGCCUCAUCCGCGAGUGGUACUUCGAGGACGGUGGGGAGACUGUCCGGAGGCUCUUGAAGGAGGGCGGCGAGGACAGCCUGCCGCUCACAGAUUGGGUGAUCAGCCCACCAUACACGAAGAACCAUACCCCCGCCGAAAUGUGGGCGCUUGGUGAUAAAGUGGACAAGUACCGCCGGGAAUAUUCAGACCACUGGCGGGCUUCCGGGAUCGACGUUCUUCUGUGUGCGCCGUUCCCCGGUACGGCGAACCCACACGACAAUGCGCGAUACUGGGGAUACACGGCAGUUUGGAACCUGCUCGACUAUCCGGGAGUCGUGUUCCCCAGCGGGCUGAAAGCCGAUCCAGCUAUUGACCUAGCUCAGGAACAAAUCAACCCGAUGAGCCCAUCUGAUUCAUACAACCAUUCGUUGUAUGUUCCCGAAGUAUUCGUCGGUGCUCCCAUCUCAUUGCAGCUGCUCGCGCGGCGGUUCAAUGACGGCUUGCUCCUUGCCGCGCAGAAUAUUAUCGAGGGCGUUUUGAGGGCGUGA